CAUCUUUGUAGUUUCCGCGGGAAAAAAAUCCGAGCAAGAAGCUGAAACUGUGCCUUGGCGUUCGCUUGUCGAUUCAACUUCAGCGCUAACUGACAUUCCUGCAGUGAUGUGGACACAAGGAGGUGGUGGUUUUGGAGAUGGUGGAUUUGGUAACCAGGGAGGCUACCUGAACUCACCUGGACCGAACCAAGGAGGCUUUGAUUCCCCUGCACAGUCCUCGCAGGAGAGAAGGGGGGGCUCGAGGAGAGCCCAGAACCUGUUGCCGUGUACAGUUUCACACCUGCUACAAGCCCAGCACAUGGACGACUCCUUCAGACUGGGGGAGACUGACAUCAAUCAGGUGACCAUAGUGGGGGUAGUCCGUACUGCCACCCGAGCUCCCACCAACAUCCUGUACAAGAUAGACGACAUGACGGGUCCUCCCAUGGACGUCAGGCAGUGGCUCGACAAUGAUGAUAACAUUCCAGAUGAGGAACAAGACCAACUCUGGCCAGUCAACAGUUACAUCCGAGCCGUGGGUCACCUGAGGUCAUUCCAGGGCAAGAAGAGUCUGGUGGCCUUCAAGAUCAUGCCAGUUACAGACUAUAAUGAACUGACCAUGCACAUACUGGAGGUGGUGCAGGCACAUAUGAUGUUAGAAAAGGGCUCGCAAUCCACUGGAGGUAUGUCUGCUGGGAUGGGAGGGCAGAGGCAGAACACAGGUGGGAGACCCAUGAUGGGUCAGCAGGGUGGGGUCAACGACCUGGGCCUCAACAACAUCCAGAACCAGGUUCUGACAAUGAUCCAGAGUAGCCAGGAUGAGUCAGGAGUCAAUGUGUCGGUGAUCGAACAGCGCCUGCGGGGCAUCUCCAGGGAUGCAGUCAGCAUGAGAAGUGACGGAGAAGGCAGCACGCUUGUACUAGGAGGACAGGACCGAAGUUUACGAGCCCGGCUUAUGGCGAGCGAAGCCGCGAUGGAAGAACUGAGGCUGCUGCGGCAGAGACAGGAGACGCUGGUGGAGGAAGCCAAGAGAAAACUUCCCCAAGAGCUGGUCAGGCCUGCCGGGUGCAUCAACAGUUCCAUCGACAAGCUUCGGAACGCAGUGGACCAUCUGAAACGUACGGACAGUGACCUGGUGGGCGCCCUCCACACGCUGAACACACAGAUCCUGCAGCUGAAGCUGGCGGAGGCACAGGAGACGGACGGGGAGAACGAGCUGAUGAGCGCCUCCUGCCGGUCCAUGUCGUCAUCUGCAGUCUCCAUCCCAAGCGUCACCAGUUCUCGCACCAGCACCCUGAUCGACCUGCCCGACAGUCGGCGCAGCUCGGGGUUCUUCGACGCGUCGUCCCCGUCCCCACCGCUAACCCCGGACAUCGUCACGCCCGAGAAACUCCACCACUACGCCGAGGUGGACGGACGGGUCUCCGCGGGGUGGCCGGACGUCACCAACCACCAGUUCUACAAGCGUCACAGCUUCGGGGAAGUCGGGCAGUUAGAAUCCGACAGCGUGGUGUCAAAUGACGUGAAACAGUCAUACUUCAGCGGGAUGAUGCCAGUGACGAGCCAGGCUCCGAGAGAAGAGAAAAAGAAGGAAGAUUCGCUGAGCAGAAGGUUCAAGUUGGCACUCCGCCCGCGGUCCAAGUCCGGGUUGUCUGUGUGCUACCCGUACCCCAGCCCCAUGCACGCCAUCGCCAUACAGAGCGACAUGUUUGUUCCGGCAGACAGUGAGAGUGUGGUGGAAGAGGAACAGUCGUCUGUGGAUAUAACGACAGGUGACCACAGUCAGUCAGCACCUGCACUUCGUCCUGCAGUGGUGUCUGGUCCACAAGCCGGGAAGACAGACGACAGGUUCGGCAAAGCGCCCCCUGACGGGAAAGGCGCGGGACUCCUUCGACCAGUUUCCACACCUCCUGACAUCUCGCGAGCGUGGAAUGACCAAGUGCCGCACACAGCGCCUUGGGCAAAGAACAGUGAGCCUGCAACUGAAGAGCUCGUUGACAUUCCGGACUAUGAGAACAUCUUUUCCGCCUACUCAGAACUCCCUGGCAACGACAUAGCGCCGAGGCGGCACUCCUUUGCCGGGUCACACGCCAUGAAGAAGCAUGUUGAAGACGACAUCCCGACCUACGAAAACCUGUCGAACUUUGAUAAUGAAUACGGCGACUAUGUGACACUCACUCCCGAAGACUUGCCGCAGAUCUCACAAGCUACAACUACAAGACCUGCGAGCGAAAUCCACAUCGAGUCACCGUCGGAUUCUGGAGUAAAACCCGUCGCUGCUACUUCAGGAACCGUGUCGCGACCUGAAGUCCCUCAGGAGAGAAAAGCCCCGCGAAAACCAAAACCUACUCCGAGACAAUCGCUGCUGAAGAAAGCCAGCCCCGCGGUUACACCGCCGUUACCUCAGCCAAGAGCAGAACCACAAACAGACUCUCGCGACGUGAACGUCAAAGAAACACCUGUUAGGGAGACGUCUUCGAACCAGACAACCAGCCAAGAGAACCCUACCAGUAAGACGACACAACCGGGACCUGCACUUCUGAUGGCUUCGCUGAUAGCAGACGGCAAAGUACAAGGACUGACUGUUUCUGCUGUCCCGAGUAAAGAGAUGGACAGGUCUCCGCUGACGAAACUCGUGGGCAAGUACAGUCCCCGUAAGCAAGAGUCCAAGAGCAGUAGUACCACGAACGUCGAGAAAGCAACUCUGUCCAGCAGCCAACCCCGAAAAGAACAGCCCCAGCCUGACUCUAACAGCGCAAAGACUGUGAGAAUGAAGUUCAGGGCUCCUGCAGGGGUGGACAUAAGGCCCCGGUCCUGCAAUGACAAAGUCGAGAACAGUCACGUCAGAAGCACGAAGCUGUCAUCUGAGCCCAACGGCAACAGAAAGGAGCGUAGAGAACGAACAGCGGCUCCUUCCCCCGCUAACAAGCCUCACCAGCUGAUGAGUGAAGGACGGCACAGCCCCUGCAGAAAACUGCAGUUUCAACACGAAUCUAGCAGGAUGUCUUCCCAUCAGGCCAGAGAAGGACAGAUUCCUCCUGGACAUUACGCCCCCCACGGCACAGAGAUCUCUACAAAACGAUGUUCUGUACAGGCAUCUGCAAAAAGGAUGUCCAAAGACGCGCCUUUACCCCAGCCGACAGCAACUUCAGCGAACGUGUCUGGGAGACAGAAGUGCCCAGUGCCGACGGAAUCCCGCUACGUCCAACAACCAAUCGUGACUCGCGGUGUGGCGACUGACUUGAGGUCAAGUGUUCCUAACACCAGACCAGAGCGCGGAGGAGUACCCCACGGUCAACGCUAUCGGCCACACAGUGACUGUGGACAGCAGUCGGCUAGUCAGAACCCUGGCUGUGUGAAGAAGGAGGACUCGAAUCGUCGGUACGUGCGACAUGGUAAAACUCAUCACAGCGACAAGCGAGCCAGGCGUCAUACCACCGCCGUGAACAGCCCGGCACACCCGUCGCUGAUGAACGGCCUAGCCGACCACAGAAACCGGCACAGCCACAGCAGCACCUCUCUAAACGGCCAUCCCGUGUCCAAGUUUCCUUCCAACGGUCCCCACAGUCACAGGGUUCCGCACGGGUUUGCCCGCGGUGUUCGUGGUCUGAAGAAAGCGGGGCAGAGCCGGAGCACUUCUCGGCUGUACGACUACGACACCAGCGUGCUCGGCAGCUCCAGCGACGAAAGCUCAUCCAGUGACUCUGACAUCCGCCGAAGCGACAGCGAAAGUGACACCGAGUCCAGUGACGAAGGUGGACUGAUCCUAGCCGAAGCAAAGUGGCCUGCAGUUGUAGGAACGGCCACCAGGCGGCGCCUGUCGUCCCAGGACAGCCUAUCCAGACUGUUUCCCUCUUGUCAUCUUGUGACGGAGUUGUAAAUGGACACAUAUAGUCAGAGCUCGGCUGUGAAUAUACCUAUGCUAUAAUUUUAUAUACUUAUAUAUUAUCAGGUUAAUGUAUUGGUCAUGCUUAGUCUAUCGUUUUGCUGAUGUUUAGAAGAAUUUCGUUUACUUGGUUUGUUUAAAAGAAUACUUAGAUGCAUAUCAGUUCUAUGGAGUUAAGACAAGACAGCAUGUCGACCAUGUUUUCGCCGGUACGAAAACCUUACCUUCUAAGAACACCAUCAUAACGACAUAACGAGAAAGAGCUUUCUCAUGCUGAUGUGAUAUAUCAUUAGUUUGAACUUUAUCUUUUUUUAGUGUUAGUAAAUCCUUUUUCGCCUUCUUAGGGUGAACUUAUAUUGUAGUGAUAAUAGUAAUCAUCAUUCAUUGGUAAUGUAUGUUGAAGCGAGCCAGGCGCCACAACACGUUGAAAAAGCGGCGAUAACUGAGCCUUGAUAUUUUUUAUCGUACCCUCUUUCUUUUGUGUUUUGUUACGUUUCUGGAAAUUUCAAGCUUUUGUUAAAUACGGAUAGUCUGCUUCUAUAGCUGUCACGAAUAUCUAAUUUUGGGAAUCGAAAAUAAAGUGAACGUGACAUCAUCGUA